AUGGGAGUUGUCGCUGUUGCCGGCGGGACAGGCGGUGUGGGUAAGACAGUCGUUGAGCAAUUGUUGUUAGACGACUCCCACAAGGUCUUCGUUCUCGGAAGAAAGGCGCAAGCUAGCAGAUCAGCCAAGGAAGCGGAUUUCCUCCAAGUCGACUACGCCAACAUUGACGCUCUAGCCAGAAUCCUCGAGGACCAUAACAUAGACACGGUCAUCUCAACCAUUAACUUGGAGAAUGAUGCGGGUAGCCAGUCACAGCUCGGCCUGAUUGCCGCCGCCGAAAAAUCGCAGGCUACUCGUCGUUUCAUCCCAAGUGAGUUUCUGACUCCAAUGGACGAAGAGGAUCCGAAGGCAGGCGCAGGUUUUGGGGGAUGGGUUCCAAACGCACGAGCCUUGAAGAAGACCAACCUAGAAUACAUCCGCAUCUCGAUUGGCUUUUUUUCGGAUUAUUGGGGCAUGCCCCGUGUGAAGAGCAAUCUGAAGCCUUUCCACUGGUUUUUGAAUAUGGAAAGGGGUCUCGCCGUCAUCCCUGGCAGUGGUGAUGACGUAUUCACAGUGACUUACAGUGAAGAUUUGGGUCGAGCCAUUGUCGCGCUGGUCAACAGCGAAGAGCGUUGGCCGAAGGAGGGUAUCCUGCGAGGAGAUACCAUCAGCGUCAACAAACUGGUUUCCAUAGCUGAGAAGAUUAGAGGUUCUAAGCUUGAUGUAAUCUACGACUCGGUCGAGGACUUGAAGAAGGGCAAUGCGACUCUUGUCCAUGCUCCGAACGCUGAGCCUGAGAACGAGGCUAAGGCUAACCUGGCCAUGGUUGUUCAAAUGAUCAUGGCCGGAGCUUGCUUGUUGCCCCAGGACGAUCGUGACUUGCGUAAGCGAUUUCCCGACCUUCACCUAACAACCGUCGAGGGCCUUCUCGAGGCGGCAUGGGGCUCGUGA